ACAAUUGUUAAACAUUUCAUCACGGAUACCUUUCAGUGUGAUACAUAAAAGUUUAAAACAUCUCUCCUUACAUAGAAAAGGGAAGAACAUGAAUAUAGAUGGACUAUUUUGGCUCUCUUUUUUUGUAGUUGUAAAUAGUUUUAAUGUUGAUGUUAAAAAUACGUUAACAUUUUCUGGGCCUGAAAAGUCUUAUUUCGGAUAUAGUGGAAUAUUACAAGAUAAUUGGAUGAUGAUUGGCGCCCCUAAAGAUAAUCUGACGAGUGAGUCUAGUCUAGUUUCUCCUGGCGUCGUGUAUAGGUGUCCUGUCGACUUCACAGUAUCCACUGUCCCACAGUGUACUCAACUACCCAUCAGUACAUCAGAAACACAUACUCAAGACAAUCAAUUUCUCGGAGGAAGUAUGGUUGAUAUAAACGGAAAUAUAGUGGUUUGUGCUCAUCUAUGGAAAUUUCCCGGCUUUGUCGAAUAUACUGUUGGUCGUUGUCACGUGAUCAAGAGAACAAACGUGGAUACCAAUCGUGGGUUCCCAUUCACUUCUAGUGAUUUGUAUUCUAGAAAUGGCUAUAUUGCUGCAUUUGGUAUGAUCGGAUUUAGCAUUGCCAGAUCUAAGAAGAGACCUGUGGCUAUCUUAGGUGCUCCAGGAAUGAAUGAUAAAGGUGGAUAUGUGAGUUUCAACGUAAGCCAGUCUGGGUAUCACAUCUACAAAGCAGAGGAUGGUCAAGACACUAAAUCUUUUGAACAGCAGUCUUAUAUGGGAUAUUCAAUAGCUGUAGGACAUUUUUCUGGGUUAUUCAGCUGUAAUAAUGAUCACAUAUUGAUGGGCAUGCCAAGUUUUGCAAGUAGUACAGAUGGUCAUGUGGGCUCGGUAGUGUUAGUAUGUGGAUUUGACUUGAACAUGGACAUUUCAAAGCAAUUCUUUGGAAAACAGAUAGGUUCAGGGUUUGGAUACAAUGUUAUUGUCUGUGAUUAUAAUGGAGAUGGGAAGGAUGACAUAAUGGUCGCAGCACCAUUUCAGUAUUUAGAACGGAAUCCUGUAGCUACUGCUGACACUGGAGCGGUGUAUAUCUUCCUUGGAACUGGAAAUAUGGACAUUUUGAAUCCAAUAAAUGCUACACUGUCUGGUGACAAUAUCCCUGGUGGUAGAUUUGGAACUUCCAUGGUAAAUCUUGGUGAUAUAAAUGCAGAUGGUGUGGAUGAUAUAGCAAUAGCUGCUCCAUACGAGGCAUCUGGUGUAGUCUACAUAUACAGCGGAAAAUCUGGUGAAGUCAAGAUGAAAUAUUCACAGAAAAUAUACGGAAAAAAUAUUGAUUCCGGAAUGAAGAAUUUUGGUUUGUUUAUAAGCAACUCGCAUGAUAUGGAUUCAAACUUAUAUUCAGACUUUACAAUAGGUUCGCCAAUUGCCAAUAAAAUGAUAUUAUUCCGGUCUAGACCAGUUGUAGUCGUCACACCCCGUAUGCAGAUAUUACCUUCUCCAAUUCCACUUAAUUCUAGUGCACUCGAUUGCUCUGAUGGGACUAGCGUGGAACCUUGUACAUCUGUAACCCUAUGUUUUUCAUUCAAUGGAACAAAAUUGGAUUCAGUUGAUAAAAUAGAGGUGAAUUAUCAUCUGCAUGCUGAUACAGACAGAACAAAACAAAGGAAAUCCAACAGAGUUCUUAUUGUUCACAAUUCAACGGCAGUAAGAGAAUUAUACAGACAAAAAUUAAUCAUCACAAAAGGUGGCCAAGUUUGUGAUAUGGUUCAUAUUCGAGUAACUGCAGCUGACAGACAAUUUUUUGCGUCCUUAGAGGAUGACAUGGUUAUCCAAAUGAACUACAGUUUACAAGAAGACUCAAUAUCUGGACAAGUAUUACCAGUCCUCAAUCCUAUUUCAAAAACUAUUGUAUCUGGCAAGGCAAAAUUUCAAACUGGCUGCAAGGGCCAGUGUAAUCCAGAUUUGGUAAUUAACCUACAAACACAACAGCAUAACAUUGUUCAUGGUCAAACUAAACAAUUAAUUAUAACAGUUGUCCUAGAAAACAGAGAUGAACCGGCCUUUGCUCCAAAUGUCAUUGUCAAACAAAGUAAUAACACUAGAUAUGUUGCUUAUCGUGCGCUGCUUCAAAGAGGAUCUGUUCCAGUUGUUUGCGAAGAGGUCAUGGACAAUACAACUAUCAGCUGUAACUGUGGAAAUGUUUUGUAUCAACAACAGAAAGCUAUAUUUCAUCUCAUAUUUGAUGUUUCGAUUGAGUCUUUGCACCAAGGAGAUUUAAAUUCUACAGACAUUCUACUUAAUGUUGAACUGAAUGUUGUAGCUCGUGUUCCUGCAGGUGUGGACAAUAAUAUUGGUAAUAAUGCAGCUCAACUGGCUGUACCCAUUGAGUUUCAUUCAUUAGUACAAGUGACGGGGAAAAGUCAACCAGAGCAAGGAUUUGUUUCCUUUCCAACUAACAAUCUCUCGUUCAUUCAUACUUAUGAAGUAUAUAAUACAGGACCUAGUCCAAUGGUCACAUCAAGAGUGUUUAUAGCGCUUCCGCAAUACAAGAACACCGAGAGGGUCUUGUAUGGAUCCUCCAUAAAAAUUGGUACUAGCAGUAAUACAACUGACUGUAUACUUCUGCCGAUAAACAACUCAACACUAAACCCAAAUAUCAAUGAUGGAAAUGUUAUCACAACACCCAGUUCUACAGGGUCUACAGUAACACCAGUGAAGGAUAUAGUAUGUGAUGACAUAUACGAUAUUAGAUGUCUCCAUAUCAGAUGUUCAUUACAACGGCUGGCUGUUGAUAGAUCUACCAGAAUAACUGUACUGUUUCAAUUAGAUGCAACUAAGUUUAGAUUUAUACAGGAGCAAUCCGUAUAUUUCACUACAACAGCGUAUGUGUUCCCGGCUGAAACAGAUUUUCCAUUCGAACUACUCCGUAAUGACACAACAAAGGUCACUAGCAUAUUAUAUCCUGCAAAAACUGAGCAUGAAGUAGAAUCGAUCAACUUGUGGAUUAUUGUCGGGGGUGUUUUAGCUGGUGUAAUCUUGCUUCUUAUCAUUGGUUUAGUUAUGUGGAAGGUUGGAUUCUUUAAACGGAAGAAGAGGGAACAAGUGAACGAAUAUAAGAGAAAGAGCAAUUAUUAUGAGAAACGAAAAACGCAGAGGCUUGAAAUUGCUAGAUCAAAAGCUUUGUCAAAAGUAAUGUCACGUUCAGAUGAAGUCACCCUCGUGAAACGUAGUUGACAUUUAUUUCAUACAUCUUACCCACAAUAUGCUUCAUAUUUUUGAAAUAAUAUAACGUUAACAUCAACAUUGAUUCAACUAUUGAAUUACUGGUUUUUGUUCACACAUUAAAUACUAUCUGUAGAUUUGUUAAAACUUAUAAAUCUCAAUUCUUGAGUAUAUUUA